AUGGCAGGUGCCACAAAAACUCAAAAAGCCAGCACAUUGCGGAGUGCCCCAGGGAAGGGUCAAAAGCCUGGCAAACAAACGAAGAAGUUCGUCAUCAACGCCUCCCAACCCGCCUCAGACAAAAUCUUCGAUGUCUCCGCUUUUGAGAAAUUCUUGCACGACAAGAUCAAGGUCGACAACCGGACGGGCAAUUUGGGUGACACGAUUGUGAUCAGCCAGCAAGGCGACGGAAAGAUCGAGGUCAUUGCACACACCGAGUUCUCGGGGCGGUAUUUGAAGUAUCUAACGAAGAAAUUCCUCAAAAAGCAGCAGUUGCGAGAUUGGUUGCGCGUAGUCUCUACAAGCAAGGGCGUGUAUGAGCUCAGAUUCUUCAAUGUGGUGAACGAUGAGGGAGAUGAUGAUGAAGAUUAA